ACGAUUUGAAUCUCCGAUAUCCGGAAACAGUGCUUCUCCCGGUCGUAGCGAAAGGUGAAGAAUGCAAAGUGAAGACCGGGGCCAAUAAAGACGAAGCAAUAUUGGCAGGAGAGGUUCAACACCUUAAGAUUUGGGAGAAAGGGAGUCCAAGAAGCUAACAAAAAUACAAAAAAAUGUUUGUUCCAGUUUUUGAUGCAAAUUUAUGCCUAGCUAACGCAGUCUCUAGUCCUAAGGAAAAGGAGAGUGAUUCACCGGUCAAAGAUGACAACAAUAGCGAUAUCGUACCAUCAGCAAAUGUGUUAAAGCAAUUGGCCAUAGGUGUUCAGACAACAAAAAUUAUAAAGUCAAUGAAGGAUCUUAUGAUAUCAUCAAGAGACUCUUCACCUGUGAAGGAGAGAUCUACUUUGAGCUUAUCUGCUAUGAAGUCAUUAGUAGUAGGGGAGAAAGAAGAUACGUUUGCUUCUGAGUUCGGUCGUGAUGAGAAAGUAAUGUCUCUUAUCCAUUCACUUACGAAUGCAGAAGGACAUCUUUCUCAAACAAAGAAUGGAUCUCGGAUGGAGAAGAAUACGAACAUUACUAAUUUUGCCAAAGAAAUCCAUGGUGCUCCUCCUGAGUGCUUUGUUACCGAGCUUGCUGAAGCCAUUGGAAGUUUGAAAACUCUGCGGAAAAUGGCAUUGUUUUGGUCCAGGGUCGUUGUAGAAGUGAGAAGGCUAUGGUGUGAAGGACAACAUAUUCCCGGCAUCCCUCCAGAUGAGAUUCCCGACUUAAAUUCGUGCAUGUUGUAUCAGCAGUUGCAGGUUAUUAAUUGUUGUAUUUCUAGGAAAAGGCGGCGUGCUAUUGCCACCGAGUCAUUAGAUUCUGUUUUAAAACUAGCGAAACUUGAUGGUGACAACAAGUGUGGAGAUACUCCUCCGCUAAGCCCUGUUGUCUAUGCGAGAAUUAGCUCUGGGGAACUUGUGCUUCGAUUAGGAGCUGAUAAACGAAGAGAGAACUGUACACUUUUAGAAACCGGUGAACCUGUAUAUACCCCUGUUAUGCAGGAAGGGCCUCUACUCACAGAAGAUCUUAUCAAGGAAACAGAGGAAUUCGUGUUACGUACGGGGAGUGUUGGUGUAGGGUGUUCUCAGCUUCUUUCGGACAUGCAGGCUUUUAAGGCUGCAAAUCCAGGGUGCAUAUUAGAAGAUUUCGUUAGAUGGCAUUCACCCCCUGACUGGACCGAAGCAUCAACAGACGAUGAAAGUAAAGAAUCUGCUGAUGGUGACAAUUUGUCCUCUAAAGGACAGCUAAGUAUGCGUAUGCAGAAAGAAGGUAAUUUGUGGCGAGAACUGUGGGAAACUGCAAAACCAGUACCUGCUGUUAGACAGUCUCCACUAUAUGAUGAGGAUUUAUCCGUGGAAGGUAUUCUGCAUAGCUUAGAGAACAUAUCGCCUUCUGGUUUAUUUGAGCAACUGUUUCUUUCUCUUCUGAGUUGUGGAUGUGCAAUUGCCGAGGGAAGAAUCUACGGUAAUGAAAAUAUGUACAAGAUGUUCAAGGAGUGUAAAGACUACAUCAUUGUUACUUGUCAAGCCAAAAGUUGGAUUGAGAAAGCUGAUGACAUAUGCCAGGUGUAUGAGACAGUGGCGAUGAUGGCCUUGAAUCCAGAUGGGGUUAUACGGGUCACCACGAAGCCACAACAGCCUGAUGAUGAUAACGAGAGUUUUGAACAAAAAGGUGGCAGUUUUGGGAAACUUGGCUCCAUGUUUGGUGGUGGUGGAAUGGAUUCAAAAACACCACCAAAGAACCAAGAACCCACAAUGUUUUCAAAAAAGCCACCAAAACCUGCAACUCCUCUUGAAAAUAUUGGACUAACACCCCAGUGAUCAACUCAAAAUAAUGAGAGAUGAAAUGGUUUGAAC